AUUUUAUUAAAAUUAUCUCAACUACCCUAAUCCUAACCCUAAUUUCAAAACACACACAAAACCCUAAUUUUUCUACGCUAACUCUCCUAACACUCACUCUACCUCCACAUCCCCCUUUCCCCAAAAACACCACAACACUCAGCUUCAGUAAACCACAGAAAAAAAUAAAAGAAAAGGAAGAGAGAGCGAGAUCCGAGAGAGAGAGAGAGAGAGGAGAGGGAAGAGUGUUGCCGGAGGGGGCCUGGCACCAUCGCCGUCGCACCGCCGUCAUCAUGCCAUCUCACCGUUCAUGCCCGCCAACGUCCAGGGAGCCAAGAGUCUGCGUCGUCGUCACCGCGAAGAGGGAGAAGACGCGAGCUAGAGGAACUGUGCUAGUCACCGCCACUGUCACCUUUGGGGAAGCCAUCGCCAUGCACGCCGUCGCUGGAGGAGCAAAACGCGACAGAGGGAAGGAAGCCCGCGGCACCGUCGCCGAUCUGCAUGUGCUGUCGCUGUUAAGUUGCUCCACCGCCGCUACUUGCCAUUCUGAGUUACUGCACCGCCACUGCCGUUGUGAUGGUUGCCUCUGCCUUCGAUAUAAGCACCUCUGCUGGAGCCUAGUUGCCGUUUUACUCUCCAGAAGUCGUCACUGGAGCUGCGGCUGCUCUGCUCUCGAUUUCUUUAGUGCAACUUUUUUUCAGGAAAUGGACGAAGACGCUUAUGAAGAGUUUUUUUUUUAGUUUAACUUAUGCGAUAUGGAUGUAUUAAUUUAGUUAUUAUUAUUUUAGUUAUUAUUAUUUUUCCCUCGCCAUUAAUAUAAUUUUUGUAAGAGGGAUAGAAGUUGUAUGAUUUGUAUGUAUCUAAUAUGUAUAAGUUACUUGAGUAAAGAGUUUUGUUUA